AUGAACAAUGUGACGGCAUCCCUUAGACAAACUAUGAUGAAUAGAGUUGAUGAUUAUAUGAAUAGUUUAGCAUCAUUUCGACAUAAAUCUUUACUUUCUAUGGAACUUUUUGAAAAAGAGUUACAUCAAUUUUUACUCAGUUCUGUUCGAAAUACUAUUAAAAUGAAAACAGCUAGUGAGAAAUUGGCAAAUCGAGCAAUGUCUUAUUCAAAUUUAGUAAAUGCGAGAAAUGUCAGUUAUAAUUCAGCGAUUGCUAUCUAUAAAAAAGUAAUCGAGUUUUUUCAUGAGAAAAAGAGUACAAUACCCACCGAUGUCAUUAAUUCUGUGCGUACACAACUGGAAAAUACUAAUCAUAGUCAUGGUGCAUAUUUACCAAUGAAAAUUGAUAAUUUAACUAAGAUGUUAAGACGAUUUGCUAACGUUGAAGAAGUUUUACCUGAAUUUAGUCAACUAUUUCGACAAUGUUUACAUCAUAGAUAUGAUCAUUUAUUUGAACAAGAAGUUUUUUCUACGAAUGCUAGAAUUCAAAACGAAAUUUUUGAUCAUCUAACACAGAAUAAUAGUGUUAAUAAUAUUAAAAAAAUUGUUAACAUUUUUCAAAAUGGAAAAUUAUCUAAUAUUUUAACAAAAUGUGACAGUUUUCUGCAAGAUAAAGACGAAAAGGGUAUUACAGAAAUUAGUGAAUGCUUACGCCAGUGUAUUCUUGAUACAACAGAAGAUUAUACGUCGAGUUUGUUAACGUUUCGCCGUACUGCUCUGAUAGCGUUUAAUCAUUUUGAACAAGAUUUUUAG